AUGUCAGAAAACCAAAACUGCUACUUCGAUGUUGUCGUCGACGGCAAACCUCUUGGUCGCAUUGAAUUCAAGCUCUACGACGACGUCGUCCCCAAAACCUGUAAAAAUUUCCGCACACUCUGCCAGAAUGCAUCCGGGGAAACCUACAAGGGCUCCGGGUUCCACCGAAUUAUCCCCCAAUUUAUGAUUCAGGGAGGUGACUUCACCGCUGGAAACGGUACCGGUGGACGUUCCAUCUACGGAUCCAAAUUUGCGGACGAGAACUUCCAACUCAAGCACACCAAACCAGGACUCUUGUCUAUGGCCAAUGCUGGCCCUAACACAAACGGCUCUCAGUUCUUCAUCACCACUGCGGUUACAGACUGGCUCGACGGCAAACACGUUGUUUUCGGUGAAGUUGUCAAGGGCUUCAACGAGGUUGUGAAACCCAUGGAGGCACUAGGAGCCGCAAGUGGCGAGCCUAAGGCCACCGUCAAGAUCGCUGACUGCGGCACUCUCUGA